AUAGCUGUCAAACCUUUCUGUUCAGCACAGUAGUCUUGUUUUUCGUGCUCUCGUGCUUCUGGUGUGAAAAUUGCAAACGUGAUCUGCGUUCCUCAAAGUUUAUUCUAAAAUGUACGGACCUCAGCAGCCUAUUCUAGUUCUAAGUCAGAACACAAAGCGAGACAGCGGUCGAAAAGUGCAGCUGGAGAAUAUUAACGCCGGCAAGACCAUCGCCGACUUAAUUCGCACAUGUUUGGGACCACAAGCCAUGUUGAAAAUGCUUAUGGAUCCGAUGGGUGGCAUUGUGAUGACCAACGAUGGAAAUGCUAUCCUGCGCGAAAUAACGGUGCAACACCCAGCUGCAAAGAGUAUGAUCGAAAUCGCCAGAACACAGGACGAAGAAGUUGGUGACGGAACUACCUCUGUUAUCGUGCUGGCUGGUGAAAUGCUUGCGGUUGCGGAACAAUUUCUUCAACAGCAAAUUCAUCCGACUGUUAUAAUCCGUGCCUACAGGGAAGCCCUGGAAGAUAUGAUAAAAUUGUUGACGACCGAAGUUAGCAUUCCACUAGACAAGACCGACAAGGCAAAACUGGCGGAAGUUAUCAAGUCAUGUGUUGGCACAAAGUUUAUUGGACGUUGGUCGGAUCUAGCAGUGAAAAUUGCGCUGGAUGCAGUUGAAACUGUCAUGCUUACUGAAAACGGUCGAACGGAAAUUGACAUAAAAAAGUAUGCCAAAGUGGAAAAAAUUCCCGGUGGAUCCAUUGAUGAAUCUUGCGUCUUGAGGGGAGUCAUGUUGAACAAGGACGUCACUCAUCCCAAAAUGAGACGAUACAUCGAGAAACCACGUAUUGUGUUGUUGGAUUGUCCAUUGGAGUACAAGAAGGGCGAAAGUCAAACUAACGUGGAGAUAGUCGGCGAUCAAGAUUUCACCAAACUGCUGCAAAUCGAAGAAGAACACGUAGCAAAGGUCUGUGCCGAUAUUAUUGCCGUUAAACCGGAUGUGGUGUUUACAGAGAAAGGCGUUUCCGAUUUGGCUCAGCAUUUUCUGCUGAAGGCUGGAAUCACAGCAAUUCGUCGUUUGCGUAAAACGGAUAACAAUCGAAUUGCCCGAGCUUGUGGAGCCACGAUUGUCAAUCGCACAGAAGAACUGACAGAGAAAGACGUAGGAACUGGUGCUGGUCUUUUCGAAAUAAAAAAAUUAGGCGACGAGUACUUCUGUUUCGUUACGGAAUGUGAAGAUCCCAAAGCUUGCACUAUUCUGCUGCGUGGCGCUUCGAAAGAUAUCCUAUCUGAGACGGAGCGUAAUCUGCAGGAUGCACUGCAUGUGGCCCGUAACUUAAUGUUGGAACCGCGCUUGCUUCCCGGUGGUGGUGCAGUUGAAAUGGCCGUAUCGCAAGCGUUGACCAACAAGCAAAUACAAGGUCCCUAUCGUGCAGUGGCGCAAGCUUUGGAAAUUAUACCACGCACGCUGGCUCAAAACUGCGGAGCAAACACUAUUCGCACGUUGACGGCUUUACGAGCGAAGCAUGCUUCCCAUCCAGCGAAUUCCGGUCCGUGCACCUGGGGAAUUGAUGGUGAAUCUGGCGAAAUUGUAAACAUGAAGGAUAAGGGUAUCUGGGAACCACUUUCUGUAAAAUUGCAAGUCUACAAAACGGCAGUUGAGACAGCCAUUCUAUUGCUACGCAUUGACGAUAUCGUGUCCGGAUCGAAGAAAAAGAACAACGACGGUACUGGAGCAGCACCGGCGCAAGCCGCUCAAGGAAUGGAGUAGUUUUUUUUCGGUAGUCAAUAAGCUUCAAUUUAACACAUUCACUCGCACUUUUUUUACACAAUACAUAAUUCGCUAGUGCUAACCGGUAUGUUUUCCGUAUCUAUGUAACAACGAUUGCGUUUAGUUUUUUUUUUUUCAAGAAGGCGCCUCUGCAUAGCUCAAACGGUUGAUUUUCUUAGCCUGGUUCCAGUUAUGAACAACUUUUCCAACUGUUGCACCGUAAUUUAUCUGAAUUCGAUUUUUCUUCCCUUGUGUAAUCAAUAUAAGAUUCAAAUCACAUGCCUGUUUUCCGUUUAAGAAAAUGCAAUGUCGGAUCACCUCAGAGGUAGCGUUGUAAUGAAUAAAGAAACAAAAAAGGCUUCACAAUUCAA